GCGGCCGAUAAAGGCGGCGGGCAGCGGGCAGCCGGCGGAGCCGAGAAUGGGAGAGGCGCGGGACGCUUGAGUGGGACAUCGGCCUCUCUCCGCUCUCCUCGCCUCGCUUUGGCGGCUGCCGUCCUCCUGCUCGCCGCCCGGAACAUCCUCCACCAUGGCCACCUCAGCGAGUUCCCACUUGAACAAAGGCAUCAAGCAGGUGUACAUGUCCCUGCCUCAAGGUGACAAAGUCCAAGCCAUGUAUAUCUGGAUUGACGGUACUGGAGAAGGACUGCGCUGCAAGACCCGCACCCUGGACAGUGAGCCCAAGAGUGUAGAAGAGUUACCUGAGUGGAAUUUUGAUGGCUCUAGCACUUUCCAGUCAGAAGGCUCCAACAGUGACAUGUACCUUAUCCCUGUUUCCAUGUUUCGGGACCCCUUCCGCAAAGACCCCAACAAACUGGUGUUCUGUGAAGUUUUCAAGUACAACCGGAAGCCUGCAGAGACCAAUUUAAGACACACCUGUAAGCGGAUAAUGGACAUGGUAUGCAACCAGCACCCCUGGUUUGGCAUGGAGCAGGAGUAUACUCUGAUGGGGACUGAUGGCCACCCCUUCGGCUGGCCUUCCAAUGGCUUCCCUGGGCCCCAAGGUCCAUAUUACUGUGGUGUGGGAGCAGACAAGGCCUAUGGCAGGGAUAUUGUGGAAGCUCAUUACCGGGCCUGUUUGUAUGCUGGCGUCAAGAUUUCAGGGACAAAUGCUGAAGUCAUGCCCGCCCAGUGGGAAUUCCAAAUAGGACCCUGUGAAGGAAUCUGCAUGGGAGACCAUCUCUGGGUGGCCCGUUUCAUCUUGCAUCGCGUGUGUGAAGACUUUGGAGUGAUAGCAACCUUUGAUCCUAAGCCCAUUCCUGGAAACUGGAAUGGCGCAGGCUGCCACACCAACUUCAGCACGAAGGCCAUGCGGGAGGAAAAUGGUCUGAAGUACAUUGAGGAGGCCAUCGAGAAACUAAGCAAGCGGCACCAGUACCACAUCCGUGCUUAUGAUCCCAAGGGGGGCCUGGACAAUGCCCGGCGCCUAACUGGAUUCCAUGAGACCUCCAACAUCAACGACUUUUCUGCUGGUGUAGCCAAUCGUAGCGCCAGCAUCCGCAUUCCCCGGACUGUUGGCCAGGAGAAGAAGGGUUACUUUGAAGACCGGCGCCCUUCUGCCAAUUGUGACCCCUUUGCUGUGACAGAAGCCCUCAUCCGCACCUGCCUUCUCAAUGAGACUGGCGAUGAACCCUUCCAGUACAAAAACUAAGUGGACUAGACUUGCAGCUGUCCAGCCCUUCCUAGUUCCCGCCCUCCUCCAGCUCCUCCCUGUCUCCCAGUGGUCCUCCUUGUCCCCACUGUAACUCAAAGGCUGUAAUAUCAGGUCUUUUUAUUCCUCAUGCUCAGUUAAUCUUGCUUUCUUUGGCCAGGAGAAGAGGGGCCAAAUUCUUAAUCUUUUCACACCCACGCCCCCUUUCUGUCCCUAUCACGGAAUCUUGCUAAUGCAUUAGUGGGGACGCGGGCAGGGAAACUAACCACUGCUUUCCCCUCGAGUGUGCUGGUCCAGCAGGUUCAGCUCUCCGGACAGAGCAGAUGUGCUCUGAGGGAGCAGGGAAGGAGAGGAAUUUCCCCAUGGGGAGCUGACAAGGGAAGAGCCUGACAGGUUAAGUGAGACCCCUCUGGGAAGCUUGUUUUCUCAGGUGUAAGUAGAAAUGAGAGGAGGAGGGAUGGUCGGGGAUCAGGGAGGAAAUGCCCCUCCUUGGUCUCUGGCUGCCAUGCUCCCCUACUUGGGGCUCCAUGUCCUCCCAUGAACACAGAGCUGAGAAAACCGAUGGACAGCCCUACUUUCAAAGAAGAAAAGCUUCUUACCCCUUGGUCCUCCAUUUAUAACAACAAAGCAGAGUAGUAUUUUUAUAUUUAAAUGUAAAAACAAAAAAAAGUCUAUAUGGGUUUCUAGAUAAGUGUGGGUUUUUUUGGUUUUGGGGUUUUUUUUCCUUCCUAAAAGAAAUCAUCUUAGUUACUGGGUACCAAAUUGGGUUUAGAAAUAAGGAUUUCCUUGCGGGUAGGGGUGGUCAGUGUGGCUCUUGGUCCUUUAUUGUAAGGGUGUCCCUGCCCUUCCCAGCUUUUGCAGGAGGAGGAUACACAGUCCUAGCCAUCACCUGAGCCUCGUGGCUGGGUUUAAAGGCACAAGUGCCAGCCCACACCUGGGCUUGGAAGUGUGAGUUGGCUGGUCAACUUGAGUGUGUCACGAGUACAGGAGUUCUUUUCCAGUGGGGCUAGCAUGCCACUAAAACAGGCCUUUUGAUAUAUUACGUUUUUAAAAGGCAAGACAAGUUUAGAUUUUAAUCAAGUUUUUAGGGUUUUUAAGUGUAAUUUUACAGAAUUGCCUGUUUGCUUCAGCUGUCUCCUUCCGUUCUGCUCUUAGAGUUGGGGACAGGGCUAGAGUUAAAACUCUUGUUUUGUAUCUAAAUGUCUGUCUUCCCAGUGCAGAAUAUUCCUCUUAAGUGUCCUAAGGAGUUGUUUCUUUUAUAAUAAACCCCACUUCCAGUCCUCCAUUUUCCCUCCUGUCCUCUGGUUUUUUGUGCGGGGCGCAGCAGGCCAGCUGUGGUUUUCUCUUGCCAUGAAGACUUCUAAUUGCCAUGUACAGUAUGUUCAGAGUUAGAUAACUUCUCAUUGUAAACAAACUGUAACUGCCCAGAGCAGUGCUUAUAAAUCAGCCUAACAUUUACAAGA